AUGAUAUGGCUUCAUAUAUGUUUUCUUUCUUGGGUCAGGAGGACAAAAAAGCAAUUAAUAUUUCCAGGAAAACCAUCAACAAAGAAGAAGAAAAAGAAAGUACUGUCUAAGUUAGAAACAUCACCACAAGAUGACAAAACCCUGGAGCAAUCCACACCUUCUGAACAUCAUGAUGUUCACGAUGACGUUGAGGCAGAGAGAAUUAUUAGGAAAUCAACUAGAACUGCCGUGAUUGUUAGGCAAGCCGAAAGGGAUGCAAUAUGUGCAGCACUGCAAGCUAUGAUGAAGGUGUUAGCAAGAGAGGAAGAAGUUAAGACUAGAGCCGUAUUGCACAAAGCAGUUUACAGUGGCCCCCAGAUACAAUAUCUUUCUACAUAUGGAACGCUUUCUCUCUUCACUUGA